AUGGAGACUCCUCAGGUACCCAGGAGCCCCCGGCUUCGGCUGCUGUUGCUACUUCUGUUGCUGGUGCCUUGGGGCAUCUGUCCAGCCUCAGGAGUUGCCCUGCCCCCCAUGGGGGUGCUCAGCUUCCGAACCCUCGGGCGGGCCUGGGCCGGCCCGGGUACCCCCAUGUCGCGGCGGAGCCUGGCGCUGGCGGACGACGCGGCCUUCCGGGAGCGCGCGCGGUUGCUGGCGGCUCUGGAGCGCCGGCACUGGCUGAAUUCGUACAUGAACAAACUGCUGGUGCUGGAUGCGCCCUGA